AUGAAUACGAUUCGAUCAACCUGGAUGGGCUGGGGCACCCUUUGCCUUGCCGGUGGCGGAGCGUACUAUUUUGCGAAGCAAUCAAUCAACGCCGACCGACAAGCCCGAUUCGAAGCUGAGGUCAAGCGCAAGGCCCAAAUGAAGCGUAUGGAGGAUGAGCACAAGCGCCAAGCGCAAUUGCCGCCCACACCAACUCCAGGCAACGACACUAGCUCGAAGCGAGCGAGCAUGGCGCGAUUCCAGGAUGCCGAUGAGACCGCCUCGCCCAGUAUUGAAGGUUCCCAGGAUCCGGCGCCUACCCGACAUGAACCCUUAACCGAGACCGACCGUGUGUUGGAAAAGGGGAAGUAUGAAGCCUCGCAGCCCUAUCGGCCUCCGAGUGGGAACCGGUUUAGCUGA